AUGGGUCAAUGGUGGGAUACCGCGAGAAUCGACGCUACUGUCACCCGACAGUUCGUCUGCCAGCAUCUCAUUCGCGAGGAAAUCGAGCGUCUGGACCGCCCACUGGCCUUUGGUGGUGGGUUGACUGACGGCACCUACUGGGACUGGAUCAACACCAAAGCCAAGCGCGUCUUCCUAAUUCUUGUCGACCUCAAGAUUCCGGACCAAAUCUUCGGCAUCAUCGACGACUCGUGGGAUGAUCGCGACCUGCCCGUCUCCCCCGAACAUAUCGGCCGCCUUAAAUUGACCGCCACCAGGGACGACAAAGUAGAGCGCAAGUUCUUCGUCCGCCAGUUCAACUACCUGCUGAAGCCUUUUCAACGCGGAGAUCACACCGUGUUUAAUGAGUACGAGAUCGUGCCCCUGGAGGUCAUCGAGCGUCGUACGGCAGGCAACAAUGCCGUCGAUAAAGUCGUCUUGCCAAACUGCCCCGGCUUGAUCUUCUACCGCCGGCGCAUUCCCAUCGGCAAUGGGCCAAGUCAGCUCUCCAAGAACGAAUUCGCCGAGAUAAUUAGCAACAUCAGAGGGGUUCAAAAUGACCACUUGGUCUCCUACUACGCAUCCUACACUCAGCUCGGAGCAGCAUAUGCUCUUUUCACACCCGCUACCGACUCCAACUUGAAGUCUUUUCUCGCCAACACCCCAUCAGCCUUCAAGAAUCUCCCCAAGAGAGAUCGCAGGCGAAUGGUCAUGAACUGGAUCCUUUGCCUCGCGGACACGAUUGCUUACCUGCACAGUCGAAGGCUUUCCCAUGGAAAUAUCAAGCCUUCAACGAUUCUCUUCACCAGCCAACUCCACAUCUUCUACUCUGAUUUUACUAGGCUAAACCCCGAGGUCUUAGCCGGGUACUCGGACAAGAACUCCUUCGAUCGGGAGUCGUAUGACUAUGCGGCGCCAGAGCAGUGGUUUCGUCCAACAGGCGGUCCGACCAGUCCCAUGGGGCGCAUGGCAACAUUGGCCAUGUCGACGUCUCCAGAGACGCAUACCAAUUUCUCGAUUCCCAGAAGCGAUAACCCAAGCAGCCCAAACGCGAUGUUGAGUACACCAAACCCUCAGCUAAGCCCGCAGGCUGCCGAUAUUUUCUCGCUCGGUUGCGUUAUACUGGAUUUGAUGAGCUUCCUCGUGAAGAAGACGACAAAGAGCUUCGCAGCUCACCGCGCGGCAAAGCACAAGACUCCAGGUCGCGGAGGCGCGGUACUGGACUCCUCAUUCCACAAAAACCUCGGCCAAGUUGAAUCUUGGAUGUCUACUUUGGCCAAGGAGGCAACGAAGAAGACGUCCGAGUCCGAUGGUGGGGCCGUAUUCAAAGGCAUCGUGCCAUUGAUGCAUGUCGUAGCUCGCAUGUUGUCCGCAAACCCGAACGACCGUCCUCCCGCCUUCGAGGUUCAGACGCAGAUUUACCAAACCCUCACGAAAUACUGCGGCAUCACCGAGCCGCACUGCGUACACCAGUAUGGCGGCUGGGAUUUUGGCAUGUCGCACUUGCGAAUCCAGGCCGUCAGCCCUAACGCCGAACUGAUGCCGCAACCGAUCCGACAAAACUCGAUGUCGCAGACCACCCGGCGGGACAGUGGAAGCUUCAGCGGAAGUGUGAGCCCGAGAGUUCUUGCUCAUUCGAGAACAAACAGUAGCGGUGCGAUGUCGAACAACAGCGGGGCCAGUAGUAUGGCCAGCAGCGACCAGGACCGGGAGGACCGGGAACUCGGGGCUGGAUUCACGGCUCUUCGCAACAUUCGGGUGGCCCCGGUCAGGUCUCCAGGGCCGUGGGACUCCGGCCCCGCUGUUCAGGGAGGACGCGGCGAUCAAGCUCCGGUGUACUGA